AUGAGUUCAGGUUCUGACCCUCUAGCUGUGAGCAGCAGGACUCUGUCUGCAGCCAAGAGACACAAAAGUGUCCGGAAGAACUCCAGGAGGAUUUAUUCAGCCUAUCAGGGCUCGUCAGAUGACGAAGGUAAAGAUGAUGAGGGGGUGGACAGCAACGACCCGGAGGAAAUGUUCCAGAACAUUCAGUACCAGAAGGAGAUCAUCGCCAACAUCCGGACUCGACCGUGGCCCAUGAGACGCAAACUCAAAGUCCUCAAGCAGGCGAGAGUGAUCGUCCUGAAGUACGAAGGCCAGCUGACAAGAACCAGAGGGUACCAGACGGCUGGAGCUGAUCUGCUGAAGAAACUUUACCGUCUGCUGAACAACAUCGUUGUGACCUUCAUGCCGUGGGAAGUCAGGAUCAAAAAAAUAGAAAGUCACUUUGGAUCUGGUGUUGCCUCCUACUUUAUCUUCCUGCGCUGGCUCUUUGGGAUCAAUAUCGUCCUCACCAUAAUGACCGGAGCCUUUGUCGUCCUGCCGGAGUUGCUGGCCGGAGCUCCGUUUGGAACAACCAGAAGUAAAACGAUUCCCAAGGAGCAUCUACCAUCGGCUCAGGACUUGGACACCAUCUGGUCUCUUGGGGGGUACCUGCAGUACUCAGUACUUUUUUACGGUUACUACGGCAGGAUGAGGAAAAUCGGCAGCGCCGGCUACCGCCUGCCUCUGGCAUACUUCCUUGUUGGGAUGGCCGUGUUUGCCUACAGUUUCAUCAUUCUGUUACGAAAAAUGGCCAAGAACUCUCGUCUGAGUCUGGCCAGUGCUUCUGAUGAGAACUUCACCUUCUGCUGGAGGAUUUUCUGUGCGUGGGAUUACCUGAUAGGAAACCCAGAGGCUGCAGAGUGCAAAGGAGCAGCCAUCGUCAACAACAUCAGGGAAGCCAUUGUUGAGGAACAGGAGAAGAAGAAGGACACCAGUCUGGCGGUUCUGAUCAGUCUGCGGAUCUUAGCCAACAUUCUGGUUCUGCUGUCUUUAGCCGGCAGCAUCUACAUCAUCUACUUCGUGGUGGAACGGUCCCAGAAACUGGAGCAGGAGAAACCGGAGCUGACGCUGUGGGAGAAGAAUGAGGUCAGUGUGGUGGUCUCUCUCAUCACCAUGAUCGCGCCUUCGGCCUUUGAGCUGGUGGCUCAGCUGGAGAUGUACCAUCCCAGAACCUCCCUGCGGUUCCAGCUGGCCAGGGUUCUGGUUCUGUAUCUUGGGAACCUCUACAGCCUCAUUAUUGCUCUGCUGGAUAAAGUCAACAGUAUGAGUUCUGCUGUUCGGGGAGGUUCUGGUAACUGGACUGAGUCCAGUUCUUUCCUGGCCACUGUAUCUCAGCUUGAGACCACCAGUCUCUCCACCCAGGUGUCUGAGCAACAUAACAUCACCAUGGCAACUAUCACCACAGCUCUGAAGUUUACUAGUGACCAUCGGGUCCACCUGGGGCCAGUCUACAACCAGACAGGUCCUCUGGAGAAGAGCGCCCGCUCUCAGCAGGACCAGUGCUGGGAGACCUACGUUGGACAGGAGAUGCUGAAGCUCUCCAUUAUUGAUAUGAUCUUCACCGUGGCCAGCAUCCUCCUCAUCGACUUCAUCCGAGGUCUGGUGGUUCGAUAUCUGAGUGACUGCUGCUGCUGGGACUUGGAGAGCAAGUUUCCUGAAUAUGGAGAAUUCAAGAUCGCCGAGAACGUCCUGCAUCUGAUUUAUAACCAAGGAAUGAUCUGGAUGGGAGCCUUCUUCUCACCGUGUCUUCCUGCCUUUAACGUCUUGAAGCUGAUUGGUCUCAUGUAUCUGAGGAGUUGGGCCGUCCUCACCUGUAAUGUUCCUCAUCAGCAGGUGUUUCGAGCUUCCAGAUCCAAUAAUUUCUACCUUGCGAUGCUGCUGUUCAUGUUGUUUCUCUGCAUGCUGCCCACCAUCUUUGCCAUCGUGAGAUACAGACCAUCUGAGCACUGCGGACCCUUCAGCGGUCAGGAGAAGAUUUAUGACAUCAUCUCAGAGACGGUGGACACCGACUUCCCCCUGUGGUUCAGUAAAGUUAUGAGUUACGUCACAAGUCCAGUCGUGGUUCUGCCGGGUCUGCUGCUGCUGUUCAUGCUCAUCUAUUAUCUCCAGUCCAUUGCCAGGUCCCUGAAGUUCACCAACAACCAGCUGAGGCUACAGCUGCAGACGGAACGAACUGAGGACAAGAAGAAAGUCUUCCAGCUGGCUGCAGCCAGGCUCCAGGCUCCAGAACCUGCAGUGGAUAAAAACCUGGAUCAGCAGGAGACCGACAUCAUCAGCAAGGAGGCCUCCAUCCACACCACCCCCUCCCCCCGGAGAAACGGCAGCGUUACAAACGUCCAGUCUCCUGGUAACAGUGGUAACAGCAUCCGGACCAUCACCCAGUCUGCCUCUAGAACCAAGCUGAACCGAGGAACCAGGUCUGGAUCGGUCCGCAGCCCAGGAGUGACCAUACUGCCCAAACGCCGAGCAGAAUACAUCCCCAACAGGCCCAGACCCUUCAUAGGGGGUCCGAGUGGCACCUGCAGGUCCAAGUCCUGCCUCCACAUGGCCUAUAACUCCCCUGCACGUGGUUCUGACAGCAACCAGUCUGAACCCCUGUACAGGAAGACCGUCCGCCCCCUCCAGCCUGCAGAGGCUUCUGGGAUCGUUGCCGCUCAGAGUAAUGGAGGACGCCGCGGCCACGCCACCUGCUACGUGAUCGUCAACGAGCAUGAGCCCCGAAAGAAGCUGCUGCGCACGGCCACACGGAUCCCGUGUCAUUACGUGAUGGAGGAGCCCACAGAGAUCUUGGAGCUGUACCCUCGCAACAUCAGACGGUAUCCAACCCGCACCACCCACCACCAACCGCACUCCUACCGAUCCCACACCCCACAGCAUCUCAGCAAGGAGGAGGAGGAGGAGGAGGAGGAGGAGGAGGUGGAGUGGGAUAAAGGCAGGAGGAAGGUGUCACUAGGAAAAACCCAUAGGCCCCGGUCCCUGUCGGACCUCCACCAACAGGCACAGUUCUACAUCGGUGAAGGCCGUAACGAUACCCGCACGGCGAGGUACCGGCUCCAGGAGGACGACGAAGAGGACGACGGUAAAGGAGACAUGGACUGGGGUGAUCUGGACUUUUAUUCUCCAUCUCAGGUUGGUAGAAGAGCAGCUGAACCGGGCCGAAGUGGUCAUCACCUCCGGUACCCCAGAAGAUUGUGUCAGUCCCCAUCAAGAACCAGGCACCUGGAGUCUCAUGUAAAGCCCAAGCUGAGGGCCCAGAUGGAGACACCCCAAACAGAGUCGGACUCGGCCUCUGUGGCCUCCAGCAGCGACCAGCAGAACAGCAGCACGGACCAGUACAUUCAGGUGAUCCACAACAAGGAGCGCCACCUCAACACCGAGCUCAAGAACCUGUCCAAGACCAAGCUGGAUCUGAACUUCACCGAGUCUCAGGACCUGGUUUGCUCCAAGGUUUGA